AUGGAGAGCCCAACAGUGCAGCCGUACGUUGACGUGGACAAGGGGUUUGCCAUUGGGUUUGUCAUCUUGAUGUGCUUCUUCCUGAUGGCCAUGAUCGUGAGGUGCGCCAAGCUUAUCGUGGACCCGUACAGCGCCAUCCCCACCUCCACGUGGGAGGAAGAGCAGAUCAAUUGA